CUAACAUUUUCGCUGGCUGGAUCACUGCAUCGUUUGCAUCGCCAAAGAAAGCAUAUUAUAACUGCUAUAUAAACAACACUAGAAGAAACAUGAAAAUGGUGGAUUAAGUGAAAAAUCUUCAAGAUGGCAAGGCGAAAAUUUCCUCUUGGUUGCUAUGUUGUUUGCAUAACAUUAAUUCAGUUCAUUGCUUCAAUUAGUUUCAUUACAUCCCAGAGUCUCAUAAACGAGCCUAGUACUAGUACUACCACCAUCACCACAGCCUUUUUCAUCUUCGGUGACUCCACUGUAGAUUCUGGCAACAACAACUACAUAAAUACUAUUCUUGAGAACAGAGCAGAUUACAUACCAUAUGGACAAAAUGGUUAUUUUGAACAACCCACGGGACGAUUCUCCGACGGUCGUGUCAUUGUAGAUUUUAUAGCUGAAUAUGCUAAGCUGCCACUGAUUCCUCCCUUUUUACAACCAUUGGCUGAUUUUAGUAGCGGUGUCAACUUUGCUUCUGGUGGGGCCGGUGUCCUUUCUGAAACCAAUCAGGGACUGGUGAUCGAUCUUCAAACACAAUUAAGGCACUUUGAAGAAGUGAGAAAAUCACUAGCAGAAAAUCUUGGAGAGGAGAAGGCAAAGGAGUUGAUCUCAAAAGCAGUUUAUUUCAUUAGCAUAGGAAGCAACGAUUACAUGGGUGGUUAUCUAGGUAACCAAAAAAUGCAAGAAAGAUACAAUCCUGAACAAUAUGUUGGGAUGGUCAUUGGAAACUUGACACAGGCAAUUCAAACUCUGUAUGAGAAUGGGGCUAGAAAGUUUGGGUUUCUAAGUUUGUCUCCCUUGGGUUGCUUGCCAGCUCUUAGAGCUCUAAACCCUGAAGCCGACAAAGGUGGUUGUUUUGAAGCAGCUUCCGAUCUUGCUCUAGCACAUAAUAAUGCUUUAAGCAAUGUUCUCACGGGCAUAGAGCACAUCCUUAAAGGGUUCAUGUACUCUAACUCUAAUUUCUAUUAUUGGCUUCAAGAUAGAUUAAAUAACCCCACAAGUUAUGGUUUUAAGGAUGGAAUUAAUGCUUGCUGUGGUAGUGGACCAUAUGGAGGCAUCUUCACCUGUGGGGACUCAAAGAAAGUUACAGAGUACAGCGUAUGUAACAACAUUGGUGAUUAUGUAUGGUGGGAUUCCUUCCACCCAACAGAGAAGAUCCAUGAGCAAUUCGCUAUGGCUUUAUGGAAUGGACCACCUUCCUCAGUAGGACCAUAUAAUUUGGAGAAACUCUUCAACAAUGAGAUCAAAAUCACUAUUGCUGAUGUAAUUGAUGCUCCUGAAACUGAUUAAGGACCAUUUCACUAGUUAGUUUAUUUACAAAAAAAAAAAUGAAAAUAAAAUAACACUUUCAAUAUUUGCAUGAUCCGUAGAAACCCGAAACGUGAGCAGCAUAUGUGACGGUUACAUGGUUGGGGUAUAGAUGCACAUGGAAAAUAAAUUUGAUUAAAAUGAUGAAGAGGCCUGGAUUUUAUGAAACUAAGAUUUU